AUGAUAGGGAAUGGCGGGGCAGUGCGCAGCCAACAAAGCCAGAGGCAGGCAGUCGCGGUGACGGCCGUUGACCUGGAGCGGAGUGAGCAUGCGGGCCAUGUCUCUUUUGGGCCUCCUCAAGGCACCGGGCUGCUGCCGACCCCUACGACCCAGGAGCUGGCGGUCAUACGCGACAAGGCGAAGGCGCCAGGUUAUGAGGCCGUGAUCCGCGGCGCGAACGCGGUACCAUUGGGCCCUUCAUGGGAGGAGCAGGAGGCGAACUAA